AUGCGUAGGCGCUUGCGAUCCACUUGGAGUCAAUGGCUAUCUGAAGAGACAAUCGAAACCCUAUGCGAUCCAGCGAGAGUCACAGUAUUCGAUGGCGACAUCCGCCUGCCAGACAUGGGCCUACCGAAGAAUAAUCUUGAAAUGGUGCGAGCACAUGUGGAUGUUAUUAUUCAUGCGGCAUCUUCGACCCACCUUGCUAAGCAUCUGGCCGGUCUGUUAGACGUUGUCAUCCGGGCUAGUGACAUGAUAGGAGAGUUUGCUACCUCAUGUCCAAAGCUUGACCGGUUCGUAUAUGUCUCCACUGCAUACGCAAAUGGUCGCCCAAGCCACACAGGUGAUAUUGAGGUUGAUGAGCGGAUUUAUGAUCUGGACAACUCUGCUAGCGCCCUAGAGGAAUUGGCCGAAGUCAAAAAAUACGGUACGAGUAGGGUUUAUGAAGAGAAUGAUUUCCCUUGGCCAUACGCGUACGCCAAAAAUCUGACUGAGCGGCUACUAGUUCAUCGCUUUCAAGACCAUGGGGCGCUGAACCAGUUGCUCAUCGUUCGUCCAUCUAUUAUUGGACCUUCUCAAAGUGUACCAUAUCCCGGCUUUUGCCUUCCUUUGUCCGCUCCAAUACUCAUAUUUACGGCUGGGGUGGCAUCGAGCAAGUCUGGGGAUAUGCGCAUUGGAACAAGCUUGCCCGACCCUAACUCACAGGCAACCUUCGAUGAAGUCCCUGUUGAUGUCGUUGCCGACCGAGUGAUUAGCCACGCUGCUGCCGGUACAGCUGGCGCCCUCCAUGCUGUGAGCGGUAAGAGGGCAAGAUAUAAAACACGCGACGCAUGGCAUCAAGCAGUGCGAUUCCGGCUGAAUCCCUGGGAUCUGAGACUAGUAUGGGAUCCAAGCGGUUGGAAUUCUCCAAACCAGCAUUAUCUGUCUCGCAUUUACAGACUACUUGGCGCCUCGUAUGCCUUCUCGGAACAAAGAACUGUGGAAUUAUCAAAGGCACUCUCGCCUGAAGAGCGUAAGGAACUUCAGCUCUUCACCCGAGUCAAGAUGUGCGACCUGUUGCCGAGGCGAGGGCAACACAUUCGCUAUAUCCUCGACCGCACGGCCCCUAAAGGCGCAAAAAUGACAAUAGCUACGAGAAUACUUGAGCGCAACUCUGGAGAACAGCAGGUAGUCAGUAAGUUGUGA